AUGUCUGAUGGUGGGAAGAGAGGACGUCGAAACAAGCCAUGGGUCGGUCCAUAUAUCCGUCCGUGCGCCGUGCUUCCGAAAAGCAACGGAUGGAUGAAUGAAUGCACCACGACUCCCCGCGUCACGCCCGCGCUCGACUCGGUCUGCACACCCGCCAUGGCCGCCCCACGCCGAUGCAGCGCGCGCAUUGCGACUGCCGUCACAGGAAUGCCCACCGGCACCUUCCCCUCCAGCGCGCCCUCGCGGACUUGUCUGCGCCAGGCCCAGCGACCGCUGCAGGCACGCCGACCCUUCUCGCACUCGGCCCAGCGCCCGCUCCAGACACGCCGACCCUUCUCGCACUCGCCCCACCGCCAGGCGCUCAAGACCAUCGACCAGAUCAAGGCGCGCAACAAGGGCGGGCCCUUCAACCUCACCGCCGCGCUGCUCUUCGUCGCCACCGCCGGCGGGCUGUGGGCCUACUUCACGUACGAAAAGGAGCGCAUGGCCCGCAAGCGCAUCGCCGAGCAGACCAAGGGCGUCGGCAAGCCCAAGGUCGGCGGCCCUUUUGAGCUCGUCGACCAGGACGGCAACGUCUUCAGCUCGAACGACAUGCUGGGCAAGUACUCGCUCGUCUACUUUGGCUUCACCCACUGCCCCGACAUCUGCCCGGACGAGCUGGACAAGAUGGCGCUCAUGUACGAAAAGGUGCGCGACAAGUGCGGCAACGUCCUGCUCCCGCUCAUGAUCACGUGCGACCCCGCCCGAGACAGUCCUGCCGUGCUGAAGGAGUACCUGGCCGAGUUCCACCCGGAUUUCAUUGGCCUGACGGGGAGCCACGAGCAGAUCAAGGACACCUGCAAGGCCUAUCGUGUCUACUUCAGCACCCCCAAGGACGUGGCGCCCGGGCAGGACUACCUGGUCGACCACAGCAUCUACUUCUACCUGAUGGACCCCGAGGGUGAUUUCGUCGAGGCCAUCGGCCGCAACUUCACCGCCGACCAGGCCGCCAAGGUCAUUGCCGACCACGUCAAGGACUGGGAGAAGCCGCUGAAGAAGGAGUCGCGCUGGGAGUAG